AUGAUUUCUGCUUUGGAAGAAAGACCUCUGGUGGAAGCUGUCAAAGGUUCUAAGAACCUGUGUUUGGAAGUUGAAGCACAAGCCUUGAUUAUGCCGGAGAUUGGAGGCUUUGUGAUGGGAAGUGGGGUUCACGUUUUGGGAGAGAGAUAUAACAGAACCUCUGCAAGGUUAAAUGAUGCGGAAGUAAAGAAUGGAGACGUAGUGUUCUUCAUGUCCUUUGUUUAUGGGGAGCCUGUCCGCCAACGACGAGCUGCUUUUUGGGAGGUUUUAAAGAAUAUUGGGUUGCAGAGAAAUGGUGGCUGGUUUCUUGUUGGGGAUUUCAACGAAAUUAUGAACAACUCUGAAAAAGUUGGAGGGCCAGUACGACAAGAGAGCUCUUUCUUUGACUUCAGAGCCUUGGCACAUGAUUGUAGACUGAAAGAGGUGCCUAGCUUUGGGAAUCGGCUUUCAUGGGGAGGUGUUAGAGAAGUCAUGACGAAUGGGAUAAAGGAGAAGCUUUGGCUCCAAUGUCGGUUGGAUAGAGCUUUCGGAAACGCGAAAUUGUUUACGUUAUUUCCACAGUCCCAGUCCAUAAGUGGCGGAGAUCAUCAGAAAGGGCUGGUCUACGGAAUUUCUUUCAGGUCGUGGUUCUGUUCGGACCGUAUUGCGGCCUGUCGACAGGAACUCUCAAAGUGGAAAAGGUCGGCUCAUGUCAACUUUAACGUGAACAUUAAGAAGCUAAGGAGAGACCUUGAGCUGGAAGAGAGUAAGCAUAGACCUGAUCUUGAUAGAUUGCCAGUGCUACAUGUGGAGCUCGAAAAAGCCUUUGAAGAAGAAGAAGCAUUUUGGAAGCAAAAAUGCAAGAACUCUUGGCUCCAAUUAGGGGACAAAAACACAAAAGUUUUUCAUGGUUGUGUGGAAACACGCAAGAUGAAGAACAAAGUGCAUUCCCUUAUAGAUGAUGCAUGCGUAGAGAAUUUCUCUGAUGAGAAAAUGGGAGAGAUGGCAGUUGCAUAUUUUCAGAACCUUUUCCAAUCCAAUGGCCCUGCUGAUACUUUGGAGCUACUGGCAGGUAUGGAACCAAGGGUCACAGAACGUAUGAACAGAGGCCUGAUUAGACAUAUCUCUGAUUCUGAGAUUAAGAAGGCUGUUAAAGCUAUCAAGAGUGAUAGUUCCCCUGGGGUUGAUGAUAUGACAGACCAGUUCUUUCAGAAGUUUUGGCACAUUGUUGGUCCACAAGUGACUGAAGAAGUCCAGAACCCAAAUCAGAUGAAGGAUCUCAUGCCGAUUAGUCUCUGCACAGUGGUCUAUAAAAUUAUCUCCAAAGUGUUGUGCGACCAUCUUAAAGUUAUCUUGCCUCAUGUUGUCUCCCCUACGCAAGGAGCUUUCAUUGUUGGACGUCUGAUCUCUGAUAACUUACUGAUUGCACACGAGAUGGUACAUGGACUAAGAACUAAUCAAGCAUGUAAAUCUGACUUCAUUGCCAUCAAGACCGACAUGUCAAAGGCGUACGGCAGAGUUGAGUGGGAUUUCUUAGAGGCUUUAUUCAUCAAAAUGGGUUUUCAUCAUCAAUGGAUCUCCUGGAUCAUGUCUUGUGUGCGAUCAGUCUCUUAUUCCAUGCUGUUGAACGGUCAGUCAUAUGGUCACAUAAUCCCUCAGCGUGGCAUCAGAUAG